AUGCCUUCCUACGAACAUUUCCAAAGUUCCGGCCGGACGCCGUUGCGUGUCUACAACAAGCAGCCCACCUACGAGACCUACGUUUCACCCUAUGGACCAAAAAUUAAACACGUCCCCAACCUCAUGGGUUUGAGCAUGGGCAAAGCCCUCCGUUACGGCUAUAUCGCUUCCGGGUUCGGCGUUGCAGCAGGUGUCUUUGCAGUGUUUUUCUUCGGCGAAGUCCCCCGCGUGAGGCAAGAUAUUCUGUCCAAGCUGCCCGUCAUCGGCAAUUACUGGAUCAGGGAGGUGCCGCCGGAGGAUAACCCUUUCUAA